GCCCAGUUGUGGUGUGCGGGGAGCGCUUUGGGAGCAGUAAAGUUAAAUUUGAACAAACGAACAAACCUCAAUUGGAAAUCAUCAUGUCAGCUGUCAAGUGUCAUCACAAGUCUAUAUUUUGUUUUUGUUUAUGUUUUGUGGUUUUUGAGUUUUUUGGAUAUUUUCGAGGAUAUUUUUGUAAUUUUUUAAUGUUUCGUGAUUCAUGGAUUCUCUGUUAUUCCGUUAUUAGAUAAAGUUCAAAAAGACGUUUUUCUAGAUUUUCAUUGAAUAAGUUUUUCAACUUUUAAAGCCAAGUUUCUAAUAAUAAGAGAAGGGAAAUGGCUGUGGCAAUGGAUAUCAAAAAAGAAGUGGACGAGGAAGAUGCUUAUCUAUUGGACGCUGAUUCUCAAUAUUCCUUAAACGAAGCAAUUAAUAUCAAAAUUGAAAACGACCUUGCAGAUUCAAGCGAUGUCUUCAAAAAGAAUGUAUCAAAAAGGGUAAAUACUUGGCCAAGAAGGGUAAAAACUUGCUUUGUACGGGGUUGUCUGAGCAACUCUGAAGGCUUUCCAACUAAAGUUUUGAUUACUAUUCCUCGAAAUGAAAAUCGUAGAAGAGCCUGGUUUGAAGCAGCCAGACAGCCAUAUAUAACUAAUAACAGUACAAGAUAUUGCUGUGAAGAUCAUUUUAACGUGCCAGAUGAUUUUGAAAACUAUAUGAGGUUUAGGUUUAUGGGUGGACCAAUUUUCGUUAAGAAACAUGUAGUUCCUCAUAAGUUUAAAUGGUGGUCCGUCCCUAGUUUGGAGUCAUCCUCAAGAGGCGAGGAAGAAAUAUAUGUGCUCAGCGGCUCUGAAGUGAGGCCUAAUUGGAAACAUUACGAGUCCAUGAAAUUUUUGAAUGAUUGUAUGGUAGCACCACGGGCUAUAACCAGCAUAAUAGGAGUACAAGAUAUGCCAGCCUCUACGUCCACAAGUCCAGAACCUCAAAUUCCAAAAAGAACCAAAAGAUUGAGACAAAGACUCGAUGAAAGAGAAGAAUCAACAUCUGUUAUCGUUGAGACAAUAAGUUUACCUCCCCCACCAAUUUCAAUUCCUUCACCGACCAUAAAUCCGAUAUGCCAGCGGUUGUCUGAAAUGUUAGGCACAUUGAACGGAGAAGAUCGCCUGGAUCUUGAAAUUGAAUUAUUGCAAUUAGCAAAAAAAUUUAUUAAUGAAAACAAAAAAAAUUGAAUAAACAUUGAAAUGACCCUUUUUUAUUAAUUUGUCCUUCUGAAUAUUUAAAAAUGGAUUUAGAAUUUCUUUGUAGUUAAGUGUUUAAUUGAUAAAAGUAAAGUAUUAAACGAAUAAUUAAGAAUUUGUCACAUUAUAACAGACAACUGCACCAUCAAACAUAACGUGAGAUGUUAAAUAACUCCUCACUUUGGCCGCAUUAAGAAAAGGAGUUAUUAUUUUAGGCAAUGGAUAUCAAAGAAGUAGUGGAUGUGAAAGAUGUUUGUUUUAAUACACACAUUAAUAAUGAAUAUUUCCCAGAAGACGCACAGUUUAAUCGCAAAACGUUCCUGAAGUUAAUAGGUUGUCUGGUAAUGGGUAACUUGAUGACGCAUCUGAGGUGCCUUAUGGGGAUUUGCAUUAUGUUAAGGCACCCCAGAUGACGUCAUAAACUUAUGCUUUCAGUGAGACAGUGGCCCCAUCUAAGAUACAAAUUUAGUCACUGUAAAAUAGUCUGCCACCUAUCGAACAUUCGCAGAGAAUGUGUGCAACUAUCUCCUCGUCCUCC